AUGUUGGAAAGGGAGAAGAAAAUAACAUUGAGUGUAAAGAAAUACAAAGAACAAGCUGUCUUUAGGCAGAGAAUGAAGUCAAGGAGUGUAGCAAAAUAUAGAAGUGAUGUAGUGCAUCAAAACAUAGUUAAAACAUCUAGCAUCAACAAGUAUAGAAGUGACAGCUUGCACCGGGACAGAGUCAAGACACAUAGCAUCCAAAAGUAUAAAAGUGACAGUUUGCACCAGGACAUAGUCAAGACACGUAGCGUCCAGAAGUAUGAAAGUGACAGCUUGCACAGGGACAGAGUCAAAACACGUAGCGUCCAGAAGUAUGCAAGUGACAGUUUGCAUCGGGACAGAGUCAAGACACGUAGCGUCCAUAAGUAUAAAAGUGACAGCGAGCACAGGGAACAGUCACAGAGCAUCAAAAAAUAUAAAAUAGAUACAAGGCACCGGGCCGUUGUAAAACUUGCUAGUAUUAAGAAAUAUCACAGUAGUUUAGAACGUAAAAUGCGUGUCAUUGCAAAUGUGAAGACACAAAGGCAUGCUGCAAAGUUGCGAGAGGAAGAAUUUGAUGUUGUUGUAGAGAAUUUUUUAGAGAAGGUGAAGAAUGGGCCCCAGUUUGUCUGCUGUGUGUGCCAUAGGUUGAUGUUUAAACAUCAGGGCCUGCAGUGUCACAGAGAGCAUUAUAGCAAAAGUAGUGCAAGUGCUUCUCUUGUGAACAUGUGCAUUAAUGAGCAGUAUUUGCACAAAUGUGAUGUAGAGUGCACAGUACCAUGUGUGUUGUUGGAGUCUGGUAGGGGGCAGCUGUGGAUUUGCUACACUUGCCAUUAUAAAGUUAGCAAAGGGGAAAUCCCACCUGAAUGUGUUGCAAAUAAUUUGAGUGUGGACCCGAUUCCUCCUGAGCUGGCUUGCUUAAACAGCUUAGAGCAACACUUAAUUGCACUAAAUAUCCCCUUCAUGAAAAUGCUAGCAUUGCCCAAAGGGGGGCAAAAUGGUGUCCAUGGGCCUGUGACUUGUGUUCUGGCCAAUGUAGUUGAAACGACAAAUUUGUUGCCACGGUCCAAUAUGGAAGGCUCUAUGCUCCGUGUCAAGCUCAAAAGAAAGUUAACUUACAAAGGACACUAUGAGUACCAUUUUGUAGACAGCAUGCACAUUCGAGAAGCCUUAAGGUAUUUAAAAGAGUCAAAUGUGCAUUAUGAAGAUAUAGAGUACAACGAGGAGUGGGUCAAUGACUUUUGUAGGGAACCUGAUGCCUCUCAGGUGGAGGACAGUGUUCCUGCAGUAGAUGUCACACCGCCUCUAGAUGCAGAAGAUGAACAGCUCCAUGAUAGACAGCAACACUGCAUGUUUCAGGACACUUGUUUAAUGCCAGUUGACAUUGGUCAGGAAGCGCUAGAUCAGUAUUACGACAAUAUAUUGAAUGUGGCUCCGGCAGAAGGCAAUAAUCCUGUAAGGUUGCUUUCUGACCAUUCAAAUGAAGCUAGAUGUUUCCCAGUGUUAUUUCCACGCGGUCGUUUCACAUUUCAUGAUACACGGCAAUAUAGACUGACUGCAUCCAGAUAUUUUAAUAAUCGUGUCAUGCAUGCUGAUAAGCGGUUUGGGCAGAAUGUGGAAUACAUAUUCUAUGCUCAGUAUUUGUGUGAACUUCUGCAGGUGGUGUCGAGCAUUUCCAUUGCUUUACGCAAAGGAAUUGCUGGUUUGGUGGCAAAAAUGGCCAAGGAUUUGUUGACCAACGAUGAGUCGUUAAAGACAUUGUUGGAAUGUGACCAGGGCUAUCGUUUUCUGAAGCCCAUCAGAGGCACUCCAGCCUUUUGGCAGAGUACGCAGCGCGAUAUAUUGGCUUGUGCGCGUCAGCUUGGUGUUCCCACGUGGUUUUGCUCUUUUUCGUCUGCUGAUUUACGGUGGCAAAACAUGUUAGACUGUGUUUUGAUACAAGAGGGAAGAACGCAAACAGCUGCAGAGUUGGAGUGGGCUGAUAGGUGCGACUUGUUGCGACGCAAUCCUGUGACUGCUGCACGUAUGUUUGAUUUCCGGUGGCAUGUUUUUCUGAGAGAGGUGAUAAUGUCUAAGAGCCAACCGAUUGGCAAAGUUGUGGACUAUUUUUACAGGGUCGAGUUUCAACAGCGUGGUUCUCCACAUGUCCACUGUUUGUUCUGGGUAGACAAAGCCCCGAAGAUUGAUGUAAACACUGAUGAGGAAGUUACUGACUUUAUUGAUAGAUACGUCACCUGUGAAUUGCAGACACAGGAUGAAGUAUUGUCAGACACGGUGUCGUCUGUGCAGCAGCAUUCAAAGCGACAUUCCAAAACAUGUAAAAAGAAAAAUACCACGUGUCGUUUUGGUUUUCCUAAACCUGUGUCUGGCCGAACAUUCAUUAGCCGUCAGUUUGAGGGACAAGGAGACAAAACGUGCAGUUGCCAGAGUAGCCAAACUGGCAUUAAAACAUGCACAUGUCCGAAAGUCUCCAAAAAUUCUGUAGACAUGAAAGCAGAAGAGGCAUCAGAAAUCAUAAAAUCCAUAAAUCCGAGAACCACACUUAUCAAAGUGUGGAACAUUUGUUCCAUAGUCUGGGUAUAA